GCUUUCUCCAGAGGUCGGCCGAUAUCUUAAGAGAUCGUUAACGUCGGACCGGCCGCUACGGGGCUAUCUCUAUUGACAGUCCGGGAUUUGUGUUCUAUAGGAUGUUGACCUCGGGCCAGUGGCCCGUUAACUCGGUGUCUGAGUAGGUGCUUCAGCGGGAAUACACUCUGCCUGACAGGUGCCGGCAAAAAUUACAGCUUUCGUGCACCGGACUAUACGCCGUGGAUCUUUACCUUUGGAUUUAUUAUUACCGUUUCAUCCUAUCUCAAGCGGGUAAUAAAACUGGAUAACCAUGGCAAUUAGUAUGAUUCAAGGGAAGCGAUUUUACUGCCGGGAGUGGUGUUUUAGUAAAAUAAAUCAUUGUUUGGAGAACCGACCGACGGCGAAGACAUGCGGAGCGCUGAUCAUGGGCGGGCCUGGGUGUGGGAAGACGGCGGUGUGCUGCGAGCUCGUCUGGCCUACGGCCGCUCAGGGUAAGCAAGCAAAUUUGAACAGAAAACUGCUGGCUUAUCACUUUUGUCAGGCACACGACGUGGAGACAUUGUCUAUAGCUAACUUCAUCAAUCAUCUAGUCAAACAGCUGUUGGCAUCGCAAAUGAUAAUUGGCUUUCGGGAAAAACUUCAAGAUCCCGCUCUCCAGCGGCUUCUCGAACCGAACGAAUGCGAACGGUUUCCCGAUGAUGCUUUCAAAAAAUGUGUGAUUUUACCGUUAAAUGCGAUAGACCCCCCACCGCAGCCAUUUUACAUUUUGAUAGAUUCUAUUGACGAGUCAUUUUACCAUGCGGCAAACACGGAUGGUAUCGUCGGAAGUCGCACUAUUGCGGAAUUAUUAGCUAAUCAUCACCACUUGAUACCAUCCUGGUUAUUACUAAUUUGCUCUUCGCGCAAACAAAGCAAGUCUGUCACGAGAAUGUUUACUGGCUUUCGGAAAAUAAGUUUAGACGAUUUGAGAAAGUCGCAUGUGGUGCGCGACGUCCAGCAGUAUAUUUUGUGUCGCUUGGACCAGGAAGACGAGUUGAGACAACACUUAAGUAGGGAGACGGCAGAAAUGCUAAAUCAGCUGCACAUCAAAAGUAAUGGCUGUUUCUUGUAUCUCGAGCGAGUUCUCGACGGCGUAGCAGAACAUUUCAUCAUGUUACGGGAGAUACGCGAGAUCCCAGGCACGCUAAAUGGCCUUUACUUAUGGCUGUGUCAGCGACUCUUCGUGCGUAAACAGUUCGCCAAAAUCCAGCCAAUUCUAAACGUAAUUCUAGCUGCCAGGCGGCCCCUGACUGUGGAAGAGAUAUACAACAGUACCAGAACCAGAAACAGUUUGCUAUCCCGGGAUGACUUUGAUCGCCGACUGCAAAUGUUGUCAAAAGUUCUCACCGACGGCAAAAAUAACAGCCGAAUUCUCUUCCAUCAUAGUUUUGCUGAGUGGUUGCUGGACGUGAAACAUUGCACUCAGAAAUAUUUGUGUAAUGCAGCCGACGGUCAUGGCAUGUUGGCCAUGAAAGCCACUUUAUCAGCAGAAAAACUGAGCCCAGUGCAAGUUCAUGACUUGGCCCUGCAUCUGGUAAGAUCAAACCUGCCUGCACCCAUACAACACCAACAUCUGGUACAGUGGUUACUGCUGUCUGGGGCCAGCAUAGAGGAUAGCUUUAGUGUAGGGGUGCCCCAAGACCAGAAAGUGGUCAAACUCUUGCUUGAUGCUGGCGCCAAAAUGCCAUCAGAGGAAACGAGUGCCAACAGUAUUAAAAGUAUUGUGGAUCUUCCGUCGGCUGAAGAUCCGGUCAAAAGUCUACAGGAUUCCGUGGCAUCUAUUGAAGAGCAGGACACCAAUGGCAGAACUGUGCUACUUAAUGCUGCCCACCAAGGAAACCUGGACUUGUUCAAAGCUGCCUUGGAGAAAAAAGGUAAUGUGGAAGCCAUUGACAAAACAGGACAGACUGCGAUUAACCUUGCAGCUCGACAAGGUCACACGGCCAUUGUGGCCUGUCUUCUCAAGGCAGAUGCCUUUGUUGACCAUACUGACAAUGAUGGCUGGACAGCACUUCGGUCAUCAGCCUGGGGUGGUCAUACGGAUGUGGUCAGCUUACUUCUUGAGGGUGGUUCAGAAGUGGACCAUGCUGAUAGCGAUCAGCGGACAGCUCUUCGGGCUGCGGCAUGGGGUGGGCAUGACGAUAUCGUCUUGAAACUUUUAGAACACGGUGCCAACGUGAACAAAGUGGAUAAUGAAGGGAGGACGGCUUUAAUCGCCGCAGCGUACAUGGGCCACACUGAGAUCGUGGAACACCUUCUCGACCAUGGGGCGGACAUUAACCACGAGGACUGUGAUGGACGAACCGCAUUGUCCGUGGCUGCGCUGUGUAUACCGGCGAGCGAGGGUCAUGCCAAUGUGGUCAGUCUGUUACUGGAGCGUGGGGCUGAAGUGGACCAUAGGGACCAUGAUGGCAUGACGCCAUUAUUGGUUGCCGCUUACGAAGGUCACAGAGAAGUGUGUGAGCUGUUACUGGAGUGGGAUGCUGAUGUUGACCACAGCGACAACAACAACCGCACACCCCUGUUAGCAGCUGCGUCCAUGGGGCACUCUGCAGUGGUCAGCCUGUUGCUGUUUUGGGGUGCUGCUAUUGACACAAUCGACACUGAGGGCCGCACCGUCUUGAGUAUUGCAGCGGCUCAGGGCAGCCCCGAUGUGGUUUCACAGCUGUUGGACCGAGGACUGGAUGAGAUGCACAGAGAUAAUGCUGGAUGGACGCCUCUACACAUGGCUGCCUACGAAGGCCACAAAAAGAUUGUGACCCAGUUACUGGAUGUAGGAGCAAAGUCCAAUGAGGUAGAUAAUGAUGGUCGCCACCCUCUGAUUCUGGCUGCUCAAGAGGGACAUGUCGCCGUGGUCGCCAUUAUGCUGGAGAGGGGAGCAGCCUUAGAGCAUAGGUCACAUGAUGGAAAAACAGCCCUCAGGGUGGCCUGUUUAGAGGGACACAAAGAUGUGGCACACCUUCUUAUUUGUCAGGGUACAGAUGUCAAUUACCAGGAUGCUGAUGGUCGAUCGACUGUCUACGUCUUGGCUCUGGAAAACCGUAGCGUAAUGGCUGGCUUUUUACUAGACAAUGGUGCUGAUGUGGAAUGCGCUGAUCUUGAAGGUCGCACUGCACUUCAUGUGGCAGCCUGGCAAGGUCACUAUGACACUGUGGAAGUUCUUCUGAAUCACAGUGCCAAUGUCAAUGCCAUGGAUAACGACUGUAGAACCCCUCUUCAGUCAGCUGCCUGGCAAGGGCAUGACAAAGUGGUAAAAGUUUUACUUGAGAAGGGUGCUGAUGUCAACCAUACCUGUAAUCAGGGAGCUACAGCACUGUGUAUAGCUGCUCAAGAGGGCCACGAUGCUGUUGUCAGAGUUUUGUUGCAGUUCAACGCCAGCCCAAACCAUGCUGACCAGUUCGGGAGGACAGCCAUGAGGGUUGCACUGAAAAGUGGACACACAGGAGUGGUGCGGCUUCUGGAGGAGUUUGGUGCUUCACCAGUCAACGGUGCAGGAAACCGAAAGAGCACCAUUUCUAAUUCCAGCAGCACCAGCGACACACGGCCGGCAAUCACCCAACCGCCGAAGGCUAACGGGACUACACCGGUGUCUCAGACUAAUGGCAAUGGCUUAACCAAUGGACACGGUCAGCCACACAGUUCCCCAUCAGACUCUCCUGAGUCUACGAUUGACAGAAGGAAGUCAUACCAUUCGAACAACUCCUCCAAAUCCUCGAGCAACCUGACCUCCUCUAACUCCUCUACGAACCAAAGUCUUUCCAUGGCACAGUACACAUCUGGAGACUUAACCUUCACUCAGCAGUUACAGCAGUGCUCUAUGCCUCGGAAUCGUGUGCGACCCAUAAGCAGGGUUCUCUCCCCUGUCAGCGAACCCCAAACCCCCGUGCAGUCCCCACCGACUUCCCCCAUCUAUGAGACUCAGAAUCUAGGAGCCAUGGCCAGGAUUUCUCCAGACUCCCACAUUAACAUCCUUGCCCCAAACUCCCCAGUCAAAUCUUACGGAACAAGAAAGGACAAAAUUACAGCCACUAUCAAUAUUUACACAAACCCUAACGCUGAUUUGCUGAGUUCCAUGGAUGAGCCUAUAUGGCAGCUAAAUCCACAGUUUGUAGCGGCGAAUUCCAAUUUAACAAAAAUGGAACUGCAGAGAAAGGGCUCCUUGCCUGAUCAUCCUUCUCAAAUGAUCAUGGGACAGUCGUCGCUGGAAAUGCGCUCCCCUGAGCUGAGGCGGAAGAGAAAUGGCAUAGUAACGAACCCGAAUUACACAAAACCCCACUCUGUCAAUGGCUUCUCCAAACUCAACAGCAGUGAAAGGAGUGACAGAGCAGUAACCAAUGGGAACAACUCUCAGUCCAAAUCAGGGUCCACUCCACAAAAACAUAAAGGACCCCCUCGACCUAAUGGAUUACCACUGAAGAAGGAGACUCCAUUAUGAGAAUGGAUAGAAACCUUUUAAAAAUCCAGCAGUGAUCGAGGAGAAAUGGGGGCUUACUUGAAAAUGAACCAAGCUUAGUCUGGGUACCCAACCUUGUCUUUCACACUGAUUGGGCAGAGAUUCCUGUCUUUUGGACCACAUUUCAUAUGUCACCGUGCUACAACCAGAUAUUUGGAAUCUCAAGGAUGAACUCGGAACUCUCAUCAGUGUUUAAAUUUUGCGUCAGUCAGGAAAAAUAACUUUGUGCCAAACACUUUUCAACUCCUGUGUCAGGAUAUUUCUGGCAUCCAGGGCCAUGGGGUUGGGGUGA